AUCCCCAACCCAUCAUCACCUCUCCCCCCUCCCCUCUCUCUCUCUCUCUCUCCCUUAACAAAGCCCAAGUCUUUUCCUUUCCUUUUUCUCCCUCUGUUUCUCACCCUUUUUCAUACAGGGAAAAGAAGAACGAAGCUUUGUUUGGCAAAAGAGAAAAUAAUAUAAAAUGAUGGUGGGAAAAGAAGAUCUGGGUUUGAGUCUUAGUUUGGGUUUUCCUCAGAAUCACCACUCCUUGCAGCUGAAUCUAAGGCCUUCUUUGCUUCCUUCCUCCGUUGAUUCUUGCUCUUCGGUCCCUUCUGGGUUUACAGCCUUUCACAAAUCGUCGUGGAACGAUGUUUCUGCUCCUUCAGAUCCUAACGCAGAAUCUUUCCGAGGCGAGACUAGAUCAUUUCUUAGAGGAAUCGACGUGAACAGAUUGCCAUCUACGGUCGACUGCGAAGAAGAAGCUGGAGUUUCAUCUCCGAACAGCACGAUAUCGAGUGUGAGUGGGAAAAGGAGCGAAAGGGAAGGCACUAAUGGAGAUGAGCUUGAUAUUGAAAGAGCUUGUUCUCGUGGCAUCAGUGACGAGGAAGAUGGUGACGCUUCGAGAAAAAAACUUAGACUUUCGAAGGAUCAGUCUGCUAUUCUUGAAGAAAGCUUUAAAGAACACAACACUCUGAACCCAAAACAAAAGAUGGCUUUGGCUAAGCAGCUGGGAUUGCGACCCAGACAAGUUGAAGUUUGGUUCCAAAACAGAAGGGCGAGGACCAAGCUGAAGCAAACUGAGGUUGACUGUGAGUUCCUAAAGAGAUGCUGUGAGAAUCUGACGGAGGAAAACAGGCGGUUGCAGAAGGAAGUUCAGGAGCUGAGAGCACUGAAACUUUCCCCUCAGUUCUACAUGCAAAUGACCCCACCUACCACCCUCACCAUGUGCCCAUCGUGUGAGAGAGUGGGUGCAUCAUCCACCGUUGAUCCAAGAUCCCAUCAUCAACUACCCCAAACCCACCACAGGGCCAUCCCCAUCAACCCUUGGGCUCCGGCUGCUGCCCCAAUCCCUCAUGGACCGUUCGAUGCUCUUCGGCCUCAAUCGUAAUUAUUCAACCGAUGCUCAAGGGCGUUUUUGUCAAAUGAAAAAAAAAAAGCAUCACAAAUUGAGUACGGAGAAUAUCUAGUGUUGUUUAGAGCAUCGUACCAAUCCCAUGUUCUAAGAUAUGGUGGUUAGAAUGUGAUUUUGGUGGGACAUCAUGUUUUGUAUUAUUGGGCCCACCUAAAUCUAAUCCCUGUUUAAUGUUGACAUAUUCAAUUAGUUUAUUUUUUUUAAUGUUAAUCAAUGAUGCCUAAUUAAAUUA